AUGUAUAGCGAAGACGAAGAAAGUAGUGGAGAGCCAUCGGUGUCACGGUGGAGCCGUGGAGCUCUCGCAUCUCCUCCGAGCCGACUUGACUCCCGAUUUCCUUGCCCGUCCCCGUGGGAACUUACAUAUCGGCUCUGCGGCGCGGGAGCUCCAUCUACAAUCAUUCUGGUCGCCCCUGUCCCCUCACCUCCCACAUCUAUCUGUCGCUCCAUGCGAUGCUCCUGGCCGUAG